AUGGUUUACAUGCCCACAUCACCAACUUCUGUCGCCCCUGAGAUUACCAUGAACGACAUGUGCAGGCCCAGGAAAAAUGUCGCGAGGGGAUCUGUCAAAGUAACAGUAGGCGAUGGAGAUGAGCAACAGACUUUCGACGUACACGAGUCUCUGAUUAUGGCAAGAUCUGCGUUCUUCAAGGCUCUGUCCGGUAACUGGACGGAAGCAAAAUCCCGUCACGUCAAUUUGCCCGAGGACGAUCCGCAAACCUUCGAGAAUUAUGUUCACCACCUAUACACAAAUACGCUCGCGGUCAAGCCGAGUCCAGUACCCGACCAGUACGUUGGCAGGGAGGAGAAAAUCGAACUUGCCAAGCUCUACGUGUUUGCUGAGAAGAUCCAAGACACCGAUACUAAGGAUGCUGUCGUAAAGGCUAUGGCUCACAGCUCCCAACUCUCGCGUUACAAUGGUAAGACCUAUGGGCCUAACCUUGGAGUCAUAAGUCUCAUCUAUGCUGGAACCGCACCAUGGUCACCAAUGCGGAAGCUACUGGUUGACAUAUACACGUACCAGGCGAACGCGGCCUGGUUGACGAGAGACGAAGAGGAGUCACCGAGUGAUUUCCUUCGUGAGCUAGCUCUUGAACCAAGCCUGACAAUCCUCUCGCGAGUGGGGAUGUAUCGUCAUACAAGGAAGUCAAGACGCAAGAAAGAACCUAGCUGCACAAGGUUCCGCAUAGCGGUGGAAAACAUAUUGCGAGGAGGGCUUCAGUGCGGUAUUAUAAUUCGAUUAGCAAUAUGGAGAUGA